AUGAUUUCAACUAGUCUUGUAAAAACAUUUGUUCUUGCUAAACAAGAAGAAAAAAAACUUACUAUGGAAGAAGAGGCAGAACAAAAAGCCAUUAAUGAGAUAGAAAGAUUAUUUGGUUCUGAUAAAUCAACAGGAACUAUUAAUGAAAGAGAGAUAGAGGCACUAGAAAAAUCAGAGUCAUUAGAUGCAAGACUAAAAACAAGAAUUCAAGAAGAAUUAGAAGGAUUUUCUAUUGGAUUAAAAUUACUUGAAAAAUCACAAGAAAAUGCAACAGAAAUCGAUAAAUUAUCAUUAGAAAUUGCAGAUAUUUGUCAAGCAUGUGAUGAUUUAUUUCAAAACUAUGCACUUGUUAAAGAAAUUACUACAAUUAAAAGAAAUUUAAAAGAAGUUAUUGAAACAGUAAAAUAUUUAAAGUGUUUAAAAGAUAAAGUCAAAGAAGUUGAAGAGUUAUUAAAAGAUGAACAAAAUUUAUUAAGAGUUCAUUCAAUAGUUCGUACAUAUGAAAUGUUAAGAUUAGCCAUUGAAAAACAAAUUAGAAAAUUUGGACUUCCAUAUACAGCUGAUGUUGAUCCAUAUUUUCAACAAAUUACACAAAUAAGACAAUUACUAACACAAUCUAUUGAUGACAUUUUUGAAGAAUUUAUUGAAAGAGCAAAUAAAAGACCAGAGAUUUUAGUUAAAAUAGCAGUUAUUACAGAAAGAGAUAGAAGAGACAGAGAAUUAAUUAAACAACAAUCUAAACUUGAAAAUUCAAAGAUUCAACAAUACGAAUAUGAUGGCGUUGAUUAUGUUCAAAAAAUUCAAGGACUUGUUAAAACAGCAGCUGAAAAAUCUAUUUACAAAAAAUUUGAAAUUGCUGACCAACCAUGGAUUAAUACAUCUCCUACUAUGAAAAGUCUUCAAGACUAUCUCGAUGAACUUACUAUUGCAUCAUUUGAUGCUGAUGCAUGUUUUCCACCAGAGUAUCAAAUUAAAAAUAUUUAUCUUACUUCCACAACAACAAAACUAUAUGACCUAUUUAAAUUAUGGUCUAAUGCUGAUCCUGAUAAAUUAGGUGGAACUGUUAUUGCAAAUACUACUAUUAUUUCAUUAUUAAAAUGGGUUACUGAUGAUUUCCUACCAACAAUGACAAGAAUUGGUAUUCCAUCUGAUUCUGUACCUAAUUUUUAUGAAGCACUUCGUGGAGCACAAUUACAAUAUCGUGAAAGAAUUAGAGGAAAAAUGUUUGAAUGGGUACCAAAUAUUGCGAAAGAAGACGUUAAACAAACACCAUCAACAAUUAAUAAUUUAUUAUAUACUACAGCUCCAGUAGAUUUAUUUGGUAUUGUAAAGGAACAAAUAGAAAUUGCUAAAACAUCAAAGAAUAGUGAUUUUAUUUAUGAAGUAGUUAAUGCGUUAGUUACUCCAUUGGAAUUAUAUUCUACUGUUGUUAGUAAACAGUUAAAAGAUAGUCUUGCAUAUAAUAAAUUAACUGAAGAACAACAAGAAGAAACAGAAGAUGUUUCGUUACCUCUUGGAUAUGUCAUUUCAAUAAUUAAUAAUUCUAAUGCAUGUAUUGAAAAAACAGAAGAUAUGUUAUCAAAAGUUACUGAAAUUAUUGGAACAGAAUUAGCAGAUAAAUUUGAUUUUUCUACAGUUAUAAGUUCAUUUGAUAGAUUAAUAGAUGAAGCGUGUUUUUAUAUUAGAGAAACUAUAAUGGAUGAUUGUGAAGUAAAAAUUAAAGAUUUGUUUGAAGAUGAAUAUUAUGGAGAUGAUGACUGUAUAGAGAUGAUUGCUGGAUGUAUUCAAGAAUAUGCAUCUUCAGAUUUACAACCAAAUUUAUUAAAAAUAUAUGUAGAGGAUAUUGUUGAUAAAUGUGUUAUUGAUUUAAUUAAUAAAUACGUUACUCAAUUAAUUACAAAGAAACAUAAAUUUAAUCGUAAAGAUAGAACUAAUACAGGAGAUAUGAUUGCAAAAGAUUCAGAAACAAUAAAUUCUUUCCUUCAAGAUUUUGUAAAUAAGAAAAAAUUAAUGGGACAUUUAAAUGUAUUAAGAGGAUUUUCUCAAUUAUUAAAAGAAGAAGCUGAUGCAGUUAGAAGUGGGUAUAAUAUUAUUUUACAAGACUAUAAAGACUGUCCUGUUGAAAUUGUUAGAUUUUUAAUUUCUGAACGUGACGAUUUUGGAUCAAGUGAUAAAGACACUGCUUAUGAAAGUUUACAAAAUGUUUAUGACCAAUUAAAUGUUGAUUUCUCACGUGUAAAACCAACUAUCUUUAGUACUCUUCAGAUACCAUCAAAGCUCAACUUCAUCAAGCCAAAAUAA